UGAAUGCAUAUUAUGUGAUAAUGCUAUGAAUUCCUUCAUUACAUCUGGGUUUGAACAUAUAAAAUCAGAUUAUCUAAAAAAAAAGGCUGAGUUAGAGAAGUCAAAGAAGAACACAAUAUCUGUUAAAUCUGGUGAUGGAUCAUAUGACGUUAUUAUAAUAAAACCUAAAGAUAAAGAAAAAUUAAGAAAUAAACUAAGGAACCGCGAUGCCAAUUACCGGGCUAGAAAAAUCGAUUCAGAGGAUGAAGAUGAUGACAGAUUAUCUUUAUCACAGAAAAGGUUACAAAUGAAAGCCAAGAUAUAUGACAAAUUGUCCAGUGCCCUUCCUAGUGAUGAAAUAAAUGCCAUUUAUAUGGUAGACUUUCAGAGAAAAUAUAUUCAUGACAAGGAUGACACCAGGCCAGAGUCAGAACCUCCAAAAGUUUACAAUGAUGAUGAAUUAAGGAUUCCUUCAGAGGCUGUCCAUUUCCAAGAAGUCUUUGGCGAUGAGGCUCGCGAAUUGGGUGUUGGCUACUUCAAAUUUAGCACUGAUGAAGCUGAAAGACAAAAACAAAUGGAGGAAUUUGAGAGGAUGGAAAAAGAACGGGAAGAGAUCAGAGCUAAUAAUCCAUUGCUGCAAGCUAAAAUCAGGGAAACUUACAAAGACAAAAUUAUGGCCAAGUUGAGAAAGAAGGAGAGGCGUAAAAUAACGGCGGAACUGAUGGAAGAACUCAUAGACCAAGAGCUCGAGAGGGAGAAAAUGGAGAGAGAAAAUAUCAAAAAGAAAAUGGAAGAUGAGAUGUUGGAGUACGAGGAAUAUAAAAAGAAACACCUAAGACCCUGGGAUAAGUAUAAAUCAGAACAUGGCGAUGAUCCAGACAAACUCCAAAUACCUAAACCUAAUUAUAUAAUGAACCAGGAAAGAUGGGUAGAUAAACAAAGAGAAGAACGCAAUCCAGAUUUUGCACCCCCCUCCGAUUUUUAUUCUUCCAAUUAUUCGAAACACAGAUAUUUAUCUGACAAACAAUCAUCAUCAGGUGCCAAUAACUCUCGUAAACAUAACCUAUCCAACUCUGACUCAGAUUCUAGUUGUGAAACUUUAAAUCGAAAUAAUAAUGAUAAUAAACCUAAGCCCUUUAAAAAUAAAUUUCCCCAAGUUGGUGUUGGACUCGAUAAAUCUUCAAAGUUAUCAAAUAAUUUUUCUACGAGUAAUUUGAAUAGUGAUAAAGCUAUCGGCCGCGAAGAUGAAUUUAUUCAAAGUAUCCUAAAUCCUUUAUUAGCACAGAACACGAAGCAUUGAUAUUUAAAUUGCAUGUUGUUAUUAUUUAAUCAGUUACAGAUUUAUUAUAUAUCAUAAUGUCCCUUUGCGUAAUAUA